AUGGUCAACUCAGUCUUAUUCAAUCUGAUCCUCAAGCGAGCCGACAUCCUUGACCCCAGCAAUGAUCCCAAUGUGGGGUCAUCCCGAGGAAAUGCCUCCUCGACAACUUCUGAAGCCAUGGAAAACAUGGGCGUAGAAGACUCGACCUCCCUUUCGGCUUUCCUGACAACUCUCGUUCCGGCGUUGGUGGUUGCGGUGUUUUGGUUUGGGCUGUUCUUGAUCUGUCGAAGGACCCAGCUCCGGUGUGAACGAAGCCCUGAGCUCCCGUCGGGUUUUUUCAACUGGUUCGGGCAUUUCCUCAACAUCUCGGAUACUCACGUCCUGCACCAUUCGUCCAUGGAUGGCUAUUUAUUUCUUCGGUUUCUAAGGGUUUUGUGUUCAAUCUGCUUUACGGGAUGUGUGAUCACAUGGCCUGUAUUGCUCCCCAUUCAUGCGACAGGCGGUGCCGGGAAUACACAAUUGGAUGCGCUGAGCUUCAGCAAUGUUAAAGACAAAAAGAGAUAUUAUGCACAUGCUGCCAUGGCAUGUAUCUUCUUCAUCACACGCGAAAGUAUUUUCUAUGCCAACUUGCGCCAGGCAUAUCUGCACUCCCCCGCAUACGUUAAUCGCAUAUCUUCUCGGACCGUGCUUUUCAUGUCAGUUCCUGAUGAAUACAAGAACGAAAUGACGUUGCGCCAGGUCUUCGGCGAAUCCAUUCGACGUAUCUGGAUCACUUCUAACUGCAAGGAGUUGGAGAAAAAGGUCCAAAAAAGAGAGAAGCUGUCGUACAAGUUGGAGAAAGCUGAGACGAGGCUUAUUCGACGGGCUAACUCGCUGCGCUUGAAAGCCCUCAGGAAAGGGGGUCUUUCUGAUGCCUUUCAAGACUGCGAAAAGACUUCCUCUUGGUACCAUGGGAUCCGGAGGCCAACCCACCGUCCCAAGCUAUUUAACAAGAAAGUUGAUACCAUUAAUUGGCUUCGAAAACAACUCGUCGAAGUCUCAGAAGAAGUGGAGACUCUACAGCGGAAACAUAAAGACGGAGAAAUGAAGAAUCUGUCUGCUGUUUUCAUUGAAUUCAAUACACAGUCUGAUGCUCAGAUUGCCUUGCAAACUCUGUCUCAUCACCAACCCCUUCAUAUGACCCCUCGGUUCAUCGGUAUCUCCCCAAGAGAAGUGGUGUGGUCUGCCCUGAAUCUCAGUUGGUGGCAGCGCAUCGUGCGCAAGUUUCUGAUUAAAGGCGGCAUCGCGGCGCUGGUUGUUUUCUGGUCAAUCCCAUCGGCGCUUGUCGGGACUAUUUCCAAUAUCACAUACCUCACUAAGAUGCUUCCGCCCCUUAAAUUUAUUGAUAAGCUCCCAGACACGAUCAAAGGUGUCAUUGCAGGGUUAUUGCCGUCAGCCGCCCUCGUUCUCCUGAUGUCCUUGGUUCCUAUCAUCUGCCGAUUUUGUGCUCGACGUGCCGGUGUCCCCUCAACGUCGCGAGUGGAGCUGUUCACUCAAAGCGCGCACUUUUGUUUUCAGGUAGUCCAGGUGUUCCUGGUCACGACUUUGACUUCGGCUGCCUCGGCUGCAACUGCGCAAAUCAUCCAAGAUCCCUUGUCAGCCAAGGAUCUUCUUGCUGAAAACCUGCCUAAGGCGACCAACUUCUAUAUCUCGUACUUCCUGCUCCAGGGCCUGACCAUGAGCUCGAUGGCAGUCGUGCAGGUGGCCGGAGUCUUGGUCUUCAAGUUCAUGACAACCUUCUUCGAUCGUUCGCCCCGACAUUUAUACCAACGAUGGUCAGCACUCAGCGGAAUCAGCUGGGGAAACGUCUUCCCUGUCUUCACCAACAUGGGCGUCAUAGCCCUAACCUACUCCUGCAUUGCCCCCUUAAUCCUCGGGUUCGCUUUCAUCGGCCUCUACCUCGUCUAUCAAGCUUAUCGCUACAACUUCCUUUUCGUCUACGACCUCGAAACUGAUACCAAGGGACUCGUCUACCCACGAGCCCUCCAACAUCUCCUCACUGGUCUCUAUCUCGCCGACAUCUGCAUGAUCGGCCUCUUCGCCAUCCGCGGCGCCAUCGGUCCGCUCAUCAUAAUGGCGUUCUUCACUCUCCUUACCAUCCUCGCACACAUGUCCCUCAACGAGGCUCUAGCGCCCCUCAACUCCUUCCUUCCGCGAACCCUCGACACCGAAGAAGAAUCCCAACAAGCUAAAGAAGAAGCCUACACAUUGGCGCACCCCCCUCGCCAACACCGUUUACACGCCAUCUGGAAAUGGUUCCAUCCGAACCUCUACCGCGACUACGCGGCGCUGCGACGCAAGGUCCGUCGCAACCACGUCGAGAUCACGUACUCGGAAGAAGAGCGCUUCAACGCCUACUACGAGCCAUGCAUCACGGCGCGCUCCCCUAAUCUGUGGAUUCCCCGCGACAAGUGGGGGUUCAGUCAGCAGGAGAUUCUGGAGACAGAUCCAAUCAUUCGGAUCACGGAUGAGGGGGCGCAUCUCGAUGAGAAGAAUAAUAUUGUUUGGGAUAAAUACGAUCCGAAUCUUCCGCUUUGGGAGAGGAAGAUAUUGUAUUAG